AUGGUGUUGCGACUUUUGAACAUCGCUUUUAUGGCGGUUGCCAUACUCUUCCUUUGUCUUGCAACCUUGGCCAAUGCUGAAACCACUCGCCAACUUCACGGCACCCGUUCUCGCCAUCACCGCCGUUCCAAUGUCAUCACCAAGGCUCCUGCAUGGGCCAAGGAGAUCACUAAUAGCCCGGGUCACCAAAACCCUGCCAUGGCACCUCCGGACCCAACCGUCGAACUAGAGCUUUCUGACGAUUCUGCGACCAGCCUGGAUCAGUACUACAAGGAUGCAGAAAACGCCACUGAGUCUUCUGGUGUCACUCCUAACAAAUCUCACCUCUCACGCCGAUCUCUAGAGAAACGUGGAAGUGGUCCUCUGUACUGCAAAGAUGGCCCUUGCGCCGAUGAUAGUUGCUGCGGCCCCGAGAAAAUCUGCGGUUAUGGCCCAGACUAUUGCGGUAAAGGAUGCUCAUCUAACUGCGAUGCUACAGCCAUGUGCGGAGAGUACAGUGAAGAGGGCGAGAUGCCUUGCGGCAUGAACCUCUGCUGUUCUGCUUCGGGAUGGUGUGGCACUACUGAAGUCUUUUGUGACAAUGCCGAUCCUGUCCACAAGACUCUUCCCUGCCAAGCUGGCUACGGAUCCUGCAACAUCGCCUCCUCCCCUUCAUGCGCCAAGGGUAGUGGUAGCACCAACGGCAGAACCAUUGGCUACUACCAAUCUUGGAACGUGCGAGCCCGCAAGUGUGAUACCAAGACACCCAAGCAGCUCAACACAAAGGGUUUCACUCAUCUCUUCUACUCGUUCGCAUUCAUCGACCCUGUUUCCUUCAAGGUCACCCCCGCUCAUGACGAUGAUGUGAAGCAGAUGCGCGAGUUCACUGACCUAUCCAAGGAUGGUAAGUUGCAGACUUGGAUCGCUAUUGGUGGCUUUGACUUUAGCAAUGAGAACACUUCUACCCAUACCACCUGGAGCGACAUGGUGUCAACCAAGGCCAACAGAGCUUCGUUUAUAGACUCAGUUCGUGCUUACAUGGAUGAGUAUGGCUUUCAAGGUGUUGAUCUUGAUUGGGAAUACCCCGGCGAGCCCAAGCGCGGUGGUCGAAAGCUUGCUGAUACCCGCAACUUCUCCAUGUUGCUCAAGGAGAUGCGUGCGGCUUAUGGUAGCAAGUAUGGUAUCAGCUUGACCUUGGCUCCUGACUACUGGUACCUUCGCUGGUUCGACGCAAAGGCUAUGGAACCUUACGUGGACUUCUUUGGUUUCAUGGCUUAUGAUCUCCACGGUUACUGGGACGAGGAUGUCAAGACUCUUGGCAAAAUCAUCCGCGGUCAAGCCGACAUUCGAGAAAUCGGCAACAACACCAUCCCUCUUUGGUUCGGUGGCCUUGAUCCCAAGAAGCUCAACUUUGGUCUCGCUCUGUACGGUCGUGGCUACACUGUUGCCGACAAGAGCUGUAACAAUCUUGGCUGCUCUUUUGUUGGACCCAGCAAGAAGGGAGAAUGCACUGACUCUGAUGGUGUCAUGUCUCUUGGCGAGAUCAAGAACCUCAUCAAGAAGGGUGUCAAGUCUACUUAUCUCAAGGACUCCAUGAUGAAGCAGAUCACUUUCGACGACCAGUGGAUAGGAUAUGAUGACCUCGACGGCAUCGGCGCGAUCCCCAAGGAACUCCAAGACAAGGUCCUUAAGAAGUGCGACACCGGCUUCUCUUACGACAACUACGGCGACCUGCCAAAGCUUUGGUAUGACUCCGGGGCUGAGCAGUGGGCUGAUGCCUACAUUAAGUCUCAGAAGGAUCACACCAACUGGGCGCAGAACCUUUACCGCAAUCUCUUUGAGAAGAAGGAUCAUACCAAGUUCUCUUGCGUUACGCCCAACUCUCGAUGUGACUUUGACGCUUCUUGCGCCGAGUUCAACAAGAUUGGCAAGGGUGGACUUUAUUACCUCUUCCAGUCGAUGUCGAGUUUCCAUACCUUCAUGAAGGCUCUCAAUCAACAGUUCGACAGCAAGAUCACUCUGACCCUUGCGACCGUCUCCGAGAUGAGACUUAUCCUCGACAUCAAGAGUGGUCUUCCCCAAACAACCAUCAACAUCGGAAGUGUUCUUGGUUCAGCCUUCAGCAUGGCUAGCGCUAUCGCUGCACCUAUUCCAGCUGUUGGUGGUCCUCUCGCUGGUAUCUCGGGCCUUGCUAGUAUGAUUGGAACCUUCACCAGUACAGUUGGUGGGAAUGACAACGCCGUUGACGCGACCGACACUCUGACUUUCGCGGUCAAGACCGCUGCAGUCGAGGGCAAGAGAAAGAUUGCCAGCAUUGUUUCUUCAGUGUACGGCGACUUUGGACAUGCACAGACCGAUCUUCCCAAAACCAUGCUGGUUGGAGGCGCUGAUAACCCCGCCAUCAAGGUCUUUGGCUAUGGUGCGUGGUUGAGAGACAACGAUCUCACAGACCUGAGCGGCGCCGUGGAAAGAAUGUCCGACAAAAUGAACCAAGCUCUUUUGUGGCAGAUGGCGAGACUCUUCAAGGGUUUCUACGUCGUGAUCCGAGACGAUCUCCCCAUCAACAAGUGCACCCACCCCAACAACGCAUGGGACGACAGAACCGGCAGGUGUCUCGACAUCCUCUCCUGGUGGCCCAAGUCAGCAUCCGGCCGUGUCGGCGGCGAUCUCGCCAUGGAGAAAGUCUGGGACAAAUGGAACAUGUCUCCUCUCUGGACUCUGCGUAACGCCGUUGAAUGCUGGGAGAACAACGGCGGCAAGAUUGGCGACGCAAAGGUCAAGGCUCUUCAGAGCGAGUGGACCAAUGGUGUUCCUCCACCUUGCUUCUUCGCCAUGCCUGUUCUCAAGGGUAAUUGGUCUAAGGAUGCUGCGUCUGAUGGUGCGAUUUGGCUGGCUGGUGAUUUUGUUGGACAGGAGGGUCAGGCUGGAAGGCUUUGGCCGAAGGAUAAGUGUGAUAAGGCGAAUAGGGAACUUGAUCCGAUUACAGGUGGUCAGGUGAAGAAGUGCAGUAGCCUCAACAAGGUUGGAGGGGAGAAAUAG